AUGGAAAAUAUUGUAAUUACAAUACUCAUUGUCUUCGCAAACCUUUAUGUUUGCGAUACAAUAAUAUGUGAAGUAUAUUCCAAUGGUACUGAUUUUGGGUAUUAUGAAGAAUGUAAAACUCAACCGGCGUAUUGUUAUGCCAUUUGGCGUAACAAUACCCGGCGGGAUGAUGGAACAAUAAUAGAACAGGGUUGUACUACGGACGAUAGAUGCAAUCGAGCAGGUGAAUGCGUCAAUAAUGAUGCAAUUGGCCUCUCGACGAUUGAACACACUUGUUGUUGUAACAAGAACCGUUGCAACAAAGUUGUGCGGUGGGUGCCGAUUGAUACUGAAAGUGAUUGGAAAACGAUUGAGGACCUAUUGAUGAUCUUAGCAUGCUGUAUUGUGUUGGCAGUCCUCUUUUUCUUGGGGAAAAAGUAUCAUCAAUACGUCCGAGUAAGUACAUUUAAUAAUUAUUUUUCUUUUGUAAUAACUGUUAAAUAGU